UUCAGAGUUUGAAUAGUUAAUUUGAGUUCUAAAAUGUAUUGUACAAUUGAUUUCAUGAGCUAUGAUCGUUGAACUCAGAAAGUGCAAUAAAUUUAACCAAAAUUAUGAAAUUCUGACACGAAAAUGUCAUUUCUGAAAAAUAAUAAAAACGACGAAACCAUUGAAAUGGAAGGUGAACUGGUACAACAUCCAUGGAAUUGCGAUUUGAAACCACCUAGAAAUAAUUUUGAAAUGGUAUCAUCUCAUAUAACAAAAAUAAUCAGAAAAGCCAUUGUCAAGGAGUCGUCCAAUAACCAGUAUAGAUCUCAAAUUUAUAUUGAAACCGUAGCUUUAUCCAAAUUCCUCAGCCAGCGAAAGAAUAAAUACAGAAGCGACAAAGGAUUUCGAACUAUUCAAAAAGUUGACAAAGCUGUGAAUAGAAUAUAUCAAAUGGAUUUGCCAUCUACUUUCGCCUUGAUCAAGUUGAAUUCAGUUGAUACAUUUGUCCCAUCUAGACAAUUCCAUCAAUGGUUUCUCAUUAGACUGCUAUCAUAUGCGAAAUUAUUAGAUCGUAUGAAUUAUUGCUGUCGUUAUUCAGCCACCAUGUUACAACACAGACUUCAUACAGGACAUAAUUGGGUCGAAGUUAUGUUCGCCCUGAGUAUGAUAAGUAGAAUUUGGGCAGUUUCGAAAUUUUUACUGAAACAAAUUUGUUCGACGUACGAGCAGUUAUAUUCCGUUCUAGAACAGUUACCAUUCGAUGCAAAUGAAAAAAAAUGGCCAUAUAACGAUUACAAUAUGCCUGCAAAUUUACAACGAUGGUUAUCGCUGACUGACUUCGACGUUUCGAUUAAUGAAGCUCGUGCUGCUGUUCCAAAUAUAUCACAACAUGUUAAAAAAGAUGCAAGAUUGCGUAAAAUAUUGAAAAUUCAAUCCCACGAACAACUAAGGAAAUUUUUAGCUAUAGAAACUAAAAAACGUUCGAAAAAUGAGGCCAAAAGUAUAUGUCUUUCCAACAAUUUGGACGCCCUGCAAUGGCAUAUGCUGACGAAGAAAAUUUUAAAAUGGGUCAAGUUACUAAAAAAGGCAGAUGAUCAACGUCGUGAUAAAUUAUUGAAAAAGAUUAAAGCAAGAUUGGUGACUGCGUUAUUUUUGUCUUGAAAUAAAUGUUUUCAUCAAUGUUGAGAUUUCGUUUUAAAUCAAAACAUGAUCGUUAACUUUUUUUUAUUUAAUAGUUUUAUAUUUUGAAAAUCGAUGAACAACUUGUAAAAAUAAAACGAAUUAUAAAUUUUAUGGAAAA